AUGGAUCUCACCAACUCCCUCCAGAAGCUCGCCGGCUAUCGACCUCGGAAGACACAAAAGUCGAAGGAGACAUACGACAAGGGUCUGAUAUUACUCAAGAAUGGCGGGUAUUCCAGGCAGGGAGACGAGGGCUGGGAAACGCUAGAGAAAUUGGCCCUAGCAGCAUUGGACCAGGGAGACGUAGAGAUCGCGGAUCAAUGCCUUCAACUCAUCGUCAACAAGUUCCCUAAUUCACCACGCGUAGAUGUCCUGCAAGGCAUCCGAAUGGAAGCGAGUGAGCCUCCGGAGGUCGCGCUCAAGUUCUACGAUGAACUUCUUGAAUCAGAUUCGUCGAACGCUGCUGUCUGGCGGAGAAAAGCAUCAGUGUUAAGGGACAUGGGCAAGAUUGACAAAGCCGUCGAGGAACUUUCUGCCAUGCUGGACACCUUCUACACAGAUGUCGAGGGCUGGAUCGAGCUCGCCGACAUAUAUGCCUCGUGUGAACAGUAUACGUAUGCGCUGCAAUCAAUAGCGCACGCUCUCCUACUUGCUCCACAGAAUACCUUUUAUUUCAUCCAUUAUGCGGAGAUAGCAUAUCUUGCAGGCGACAUCACCCUGGCGCUGAAGAUAUUCCUUGUCGCAGUUGAUAUGACAGACGAUGACGACGGGCCCGUCCCUCCCCAGGAUUCGAUACCCGUUGGAUUGACCUUACGCGCCUGGUAUGGCGUGAAGCUCUGUACCCGACGACUUAUCACUGAACCGCGGCUGGUAUCAUCCUCAGCAUCUCAGACAGCAGCCCCAAGCGCUGCGAUCCUUUCCAAUAUCGACGAGCUCUCCGCCGAGCGAUUACGGACGGCGUACAUGAACAUGAAGGGCGAGUCAGCGCCUAAAGCAGAAAAGGAGCUUCUCACUGCGCUCGCAGUCAUUAUCCAGUAGUGGCUUCGUUCAGCUUUGCACAGUUAUAUUUAUCUUGCCAUCCUGCUCGUUUGUCAGCGGAGUUUGGGUAUCCCAUCGACUUACAAUUCAGGACGACUUA